AUGACCGAGCAAAUAUCUAAUGGAAAUGUUCGCACUUCCCUGCCACCUUCUACUCAAGUUGUACCAUCGUCCCUGGAGACCUCGAUAUAUUGUGACGGAGAGAGUCCAGAGUCCACUGAGCCGUCAAUGAGUACUUUAAAAGAGAAAAAUAUUGCACCACCUAGUAAUGUGGAUCACGAUAGUAGAAAUGGAGCUGUUGGAAAGCUCAAGCUUGGGGCUACCACUUCGCUUCCGUUUAUGGGGGACCCUGUAAUAUCCCCGAUAAAUGGAUGGAACCCAUCUGCUAGUAGCGAUUUUUUGCCAAAAAACAACUUCAAUGUGAAAUUUCGCCAUCACGACCAUGGAAGGGCUAUUUACCCUUAUGGCCAGCUUGAACAUCCAUCUAGAAACGGGACCUCGUCAAUGCCACACAUGUGCCCCGGUAAUUCGAGAGAAAAUAUUUCCAUCGUGUCUCCAUCGCACUAUUUUGAGGGAAGAGAUAUUGGAUGCCCAUAUCCUACACGUUCAUACGCCUUAGAAGUCUUGCAUGGUACAUCUCCUUCUGGGAAGAUCAUUCAUUCUUCCAUCAAUCUCGACCAAUUUGGAUUACCGGUCUGGCCUUCAGCUGCCGUCAUGGAGCAGGAGGCAGAGAUUGCAUCUCUCAUAAAAUAUCUAGAACCAACCGUUUUGGAGCUGGAGCAGCAACUGUUGAUAUUCAAUGCAAUUUCAGAUAUUACCAACGAGCUUUUCAAAACUUCGAGAUUAGUUAGGUUUGGAUCAACGGUAAAUGGCUUUUCACUUCGUGGGGCUGAUGUUGAUUUUUGCCUUUUUGUUGCAAAGCCUAAUGAUGAAAAUGCAGAAGAUGAGCACAAUAGCUCUACCAUUGCCGAGUCGGUGCUAACUCGCCUUGGGGCCGCUUUAAUGUCCCAUAGCAGGUUCAUACAGAUCAAGGUGCUGACCAGGGCUAGAGUCCCCAUUAUUAAGCUUAAGGAUUCUGUUACCGGCAUAUCAUGUGAUAUUGGGGUGAAUAACUCGCUUGCUUUGCAUAAUACUCGGCUUUUAUUCUUAUAUGGCCAAUAUGAUUCUAGGGUCCUAUCUUUGGCCCGUAUUAUAAAGUGGUGGGCAAGAAAGCGUGCCAUGAACGAUUCAUAUUGGGGUACACUUUCCUCAUAUUGCCUCGUCAUGAUGCUGGUAUUCUAUCUGCAACAAGGGGAGAAUCCCAUCCUCCCAAUUCUAACCAGUAACUCAUUGAUUGACGAAUUCAUUGAAUGGAGAAAAACAGCACAGCUGCCUUCGUCCCUUCCAUGUGAAUCUUCGAUUUCAGAAUUAUUGGCUCAAUGCUCUAUAUCUUCAUCAGAGCCAUCUUUUAAAGACUUUAUAUCCUCAUUUUAUGAUGCAGACAAAAACGAGUCUGGCGUCGUUGAUACUAUAGUUGAUGGUAAAUACUCGGUCAAGUACAUCUCGGAUGUCCUUUCUCUUAAAAAAAUGUUAUAUCAUCGCGUGUCUCACUCAAAAUAUCCCAAUGUAAAAAGUCAAGCUAUGGGCAGGAAUUUAUAUCCCCUUUUGACGGGGUUUUUUAGGUUUUAUACCCAAACCUUUUCCUUUUCAACGGAAAUUGUUUCCCCCAGAACUGGAAAGGCACUCAGCAAAGAAUCUAAGCAAUGGUCGAUUCAAGUAUUCCCCAAAUUUAUUUAUUCUCGUAGAAUAACACGCCAAGAGAUUCAUUUUGGUUUUGUAUAG